AAACAACCCCUGCACCUCUACAAAUUUCACAAAACAGAGCCUUAGCCAUCUCCAUUUCUCUGAUAUAUACAUACAAUGGGUGUCACCAGUUACAGUGAUGAAUACACUUCCACAAUCUCUCCAGCCAGGCUAUUCAAAGCCUUGAUUGUCGACUCACAUAAUCUCAUCCCAAAACUCAUGCCAUUGGAUAUUAAAAGCAUCGAAAUUACCGGUGACGGAGGAGCCGGCAGCAUCAGGCAGAUCAACUUUGCCGAAGGUAGCAAGGUGAAGUACAUCAAGAACCGGGUCGAUGAGCUCGACGAGAAGAACUUUUCAUUCAAGUAUAGCUUGAUUGAAGGUGAUGGACUAUUGGGGAAGCUUGAGAAAAUCACAUAUGAGGUUAAAUUUGAGAGCACAGCAGAUGGUGGGAGCAAAAACAAGAUGACAAGCACUUCCUACACCAAGGGUGAGUUUGAGCUAAGUGAAGAGGAAGUUAAGGCUGGCAAAGAAAAGGCUUUGGCUAUGCAUAAAGUUGUGGAAGCCUAUCUUCUUCAGAAUCCGGAUGCUUAUGCUUAAUUAAAC